AUGAUCAUCAUUAAGCUUGUGGAUUCUAAAAGAUGGAGGAUUAUUGAAGUUGAGCUCCUACACAACCAUCCAGUCAGCCCAGAAGUAAAACGUUUUUACAAGUCGCAUAAAAGGAUGAUCCUUGCAUCCAAGAAAGGAUAUCAGUUGGAACACGUAGAGGAAAUACAUACGAUCAAGUUGUAUCAUACAAAUAUAACAGCAGUCAAUCAUGCUGGAUACAGCCACGACUCAAAUCUUGACGGAAAAGAGGUAAGAUUUUUUUUAAAGAGUUCUAAGCAUUUGGAUCUUAAAGGUGGAGAUGUGCAUGCCGUCUACAAUUACUUCUGUCGAAUGAAAUUGACAAAUCCAAACUUCUUUUACCUGAUGGAUCUCAAUCAUGAAGGACAGUUGCAGAAUGUGUUUUGGGCUGAUGCAAGGUCCAAAGUUGCAUAUAAUUACUUCUAUGAUACAAUUUUGAUCGAUACAACAAUCCUGACUUACAAAUAUGAGAUUCCCAUUGUUUCAUUUGUUGGAGUUAACCACCAUAGACAAUAUGUAUUAUUGGGCUGUGCGUUUCUUGGAGACGAUUCUCUCGAGUCCUUCACAUGGAUGUUUAAGACAUGGCUUACAUGCAUGAUGGAUCAACCUCCACAAGUUAUCACAAGUGAAUGGUCUAAGCCCUUGCAUGCAUUAAGUGUUCUCAACUACAAUGGAAUUGAAGAAGUCCCUUCUCAGUAUAUCGUUCCACGAUGGAGCCGAGACUAUAAGGUACGAUCUAAACAUGUAGAUUAUAGACUCGAUGAUUUGAAUAAUGGCGCGUUAUACUUGUAUAAUCAUCUAUCUCAACGGGCCCUUCGGAUUGUCGAGGAGGGUGCAACAUCUAAAGAACAUUAUAAUGUUGUAGAGAAAGAGUUAGAAGAAUUAUUUGACAAACUGAGUCUCCAAGAUGAGUCAGUUUAA